CAUAUUCCGCCACAAUCAAGAAAAGAAGAUGACAAAAGUACACUGGAAUGUUUUCCGAGAGUCAUCCCAACCAGGUGGGGGCAGCCAUAUUGAGAAAGCACCAUCCACGGAGAAGAAUAACAGAAAGCGGAAGCAAUACGCUUUCGUGCGUCGCUUUUAUGUGCACUAAAGUUGCCAUUCUACCAUAUAUUUUCUUUCGGAUUGUGUGGCCGGCUUUUGAAAACAACAAAAUGGAGCCCAACUUGACAUUUCUAGGUGCACUAUAGCAAAGGGAUUUUUACCAGAUGACAUCCAAACCUAAGGUCCAGUUAGCGCCGUUGCCAUGGCCUGAGCUCCUUCUCUACUGGCUGCUGUCCUUUGGCUCUCAUCUCUAUUCUUUUUAUGAACUUCACAGAUUCUCAAAAGAGCACGAAGCGGGAUUAGACAGAGAAUUUCAACUGGACAGCGGACUUAUUCAAGGUUUUAAAAGGGAUGCAGCAGACUUUGAGUGGACCUUGUGGACCAAGUGGGCUAAGAAGUCCUUGCUGUGGACUCUGAUCGGACAUGGUGUCAUAUCCAGAUUCUGCAGCAUCUUUUACCCACGGUUUAGAGCGGCAGUGCUCACAGUUUAUGGAUUCUUAGCGGCCAGCAGCCUGUUGGGGAUUAAAGGUGUGACUGUGCUGCUCCUGCAUCUGGUGUUGUCCUUCAGUGUGGCCCAGCUGAAAAGACCAGCUUUGUCGUGGACCUGCAACCUGCUGCUGCUCUGCACCCUUCACAUUCGGCCACUUCAGGAGAUCCAGCCAAAUCCACUGACUGCAAGGGAGAGACUGUGCCACUCGCGAGUCAGUGUGGUAGCUCGGCAGGAGCCAAUCACGAGCCUGUCAACCCACUGGACACUGCAGGAGAGAGGCUGGUAUGACAGCGAGGAGGAGUACUACCUGCUACUCUUCAGCGUUGCCGUGGGGAGCCUUCGCCUCAUCAGCUUCAGCCUGGAGCACUGCUGGGGCCCCUCGGUCCGCAACGGCACCUUGCAGCUCUGCUGGUUGUUUUCAUACGCCUUCUACCAUCCAUUUUUCUAUAACGGACCAAUCGUCACGUACAAGGACUACGUAGAGCAGAUGCAGAGGCCUGCCGAGGAGAGUGACAGGCACAAAUUUGGCUUCCGCUACUUGUUACUCAGGUCAGGACGCAUUCUGAUGUGGUGGUGCAUUGCAGAAUACAUGAUCCAUGUCAUGUACAUGCACUCCAUCCAGUCCAAUGAGACCUACCUGGAGAUUCUUCCACCUUGGGCCUUAGGUGGUCUGGCGCUGGCCUUGGUGCAGUUCUUCUUCGUCAAGUAUUUGGUUUUGUUCGGCGUCCCGUCCAUGUUGGCCACCUUGGACCAGCUGGUUCCUCCGCAUCUGCCUCUCUGCGUCAGCAUCAUGUACAGCUUCACCGGCAUGUGGCGGCAUUUUGACAAGGGCCUGUAUCGUUGGCUCCUCAGAUACAUCUACGUGCCUCUGGGAGGUUCGCAUCACGGAGUUCGCUACAAGAUGCUGUCCACAGCGCUGGCGUUUGGCUUCGUCUGCCUUUGGCACGGCGGUCAUGACUACCUACAGUACUGGGCCCUGAUGAAUUGGUUGGGGGUUCUGGUGGAAACAGGCCUGAAGGCUCUCUUUGGCUCAGCACUUGUUUACUCCUUUUUUGAGCGGCAUUUCUCUGCGGCAACGAGGAGGCGCUGCGCUGCGUUCCUCUCUGCCUUCUCCACUGCAAUGCUCAUCCUCUCUAAUCUGGUCUUCCUUGGGGGGAUUCAUGUUGGCAGAAUCUUCUGGAAGCGUGUCUUCCUUCAAGGCUGGUCCACCGUGGCGCCGCCCAUGCUGGCUUUCCUCUACUGCUUCGCCCAGGUCGGACUGGAGUGGACUUCUCACCCGUCGUGAGUCACCUUGACUUUGCAACACGCAAGCCGAGAUGCUUGCAAACUUGUAAAUAAAACACCAGCGCGGCCAAAACCACACUAGGAACCUGGCCGGCGGCCACGGAAGCUGCCCAAAAAGCCGGCAGCAGACCCACAGCGGGACUUAGAGGGUCAGUGCUUGUUUUUUUGUUGUUGUUUUUUAUCUGCACACAGUAAAUGACUACUGCACAUGCAUAACAGUGUCUACAUACAUCAUUUAUCAUUUUACUUACAAAAUACGUACCGUUAAUCCGUGUUAUUGCAGAGGAAAACCACAAAAAGGCACAUGUGAUGUUUACACUCACACCAGCGUUAGCUUAAUGAGUGUCGUUAUUGCCCCUCCACAUGUAAUUUGGGUGACACUAAUAUCAGUAGAUGCAUUAGCCGAGACUCUGAGCUGAGCCGCCGGGCUCCUUGUUAAUAGAUGACAUUUAUCCUCCGGAAUGCACAGACUAAUUGCUCUUUUUGCCGCAAACCUAUUUCCUACCAGUUAGCUUCCAAGAUCAGGAGCAUCCCCCCAAAAAAGUUUACAUUUUACAAAUAAUCUACCUCGGCGUAUUGGAGCACGUUGUCCACCAGCAAUAAACAUCUGCUUUGAUUUGAUCUCGGAAGCACGUAUUACAGCUGUACUGAUUUAUAGGGUGUCCCAAAACAUCUGACAUGAAUGUGUCUGAUAACAUAGCCAACUCUCGCUCAGAUGAUCUCCGAUUUUAACAAGAUGUGUAAAAAUGUAAGCUUAUGCUCGAGAGAGAACCACAGAGGCGCUAGAGGAUGCUACGUAGGAAACGCUACAGCGUCACAUGUUGAACAUGGAAUUUUGAUAAUACGUCUUUUCUUUUCAUUUCUUUUGCCUAGGACAUGCGUGUCCAAAGUGCGGCCCGGGGGCCAUUUGCUGUCCGUGGUGCAUUCUAAAAAUGUAAUUUAACAAGAAAACUAAAAAAAAAACAAAACAGUAAUUUUACAAGAAUAAAGUCAAAAUAUUGACUCCUUCAAUGCCAAAGACGUCUUUUGCUUCUUUUCGCCGGAGCAACAGGAUCAAAGUCUUACUCAUCUUGUGUGCCAAUUUCUGACCUGUAGGCAAUGUAUUUCUGUCCCAGUAGGGGGCAACAGUUCUCUUUUCCUCCAACCGGCAGCAACAGAUUGUCUACGAAGAAGGAGGAUUGUGUGUUGAGAGAGGAAAAUGGCGAAACACGUGCAGAAAUGGAGCGGAGACAAAAAAUCCAGGCAGCUAACACUGUCACAGAGCUUGUCUGGCGGUGGAUCUGCGACGUGAUCGCCAAAGAUAGAGGUGACGUAGACGUAGAGGUGAUGUAGGUGACGUACACACAAAUGCAGUUGACAAUGGCAGCCGAAGCAACAAGCUAGUGGUUAGCGUUGCUGAGCCAUGUGGCGCGACACCGGAAGCCGUUCAGAGUCGGGACAUCCAGCAGACCCCACCGUCGCUCUGCUUGAAUUUGCUUCUCUGCAGAAAAAGCUGCUUUUCAUGUAUGAAACUGACACAAUUUGACUCUUGAAUAUGCGUCACGAGUUACAGUAAGUCUAUACAGCUAAAUAAUAUAUAAAUAAAUAUCAGUUUCUCUGUAUUAUUUCAACUGCAUGGCGGCGCAAAAACAUUCAUGUCCCUCAGUGGGGGCAUGACAGAAAAUAAUUGAGAACCACUGACAAAAAAGUCUUGUUUUAUGUCAACAAAAACAGCCGGCCAUGUAUGUAAGCGCUUUUUAGUCAUAAGAAGACGACGGUGGACCGGGACUUGAUGAGUCGGUCGACAUGUCGAUAUGGACAUAUCAUAUAUUGAAUUACAGCUUUACAGAUGCCACGUCUGUUGCGUAAUAACACCACACUAACAGCAAUUUGACACCUAACCAACUGUUUGGGGUGCGGCAUUUACUCGCGUAAGCGUAUGCCGCGUGGGGGGGUUUGCUGUGGUGCGGCAGCAAAUGACAGGAUGUGAUGCUUCUCCAGUCUGCGCGUGCAGCUGACGGCGAAAAGCACACAAUAGACGUAAAAAGCGCUGCAUAAGUUUCCAUUAGCCGAUUCUGUCGUCGUCUCGUCUGUAGGGAUGAUCGCGUCUGCGACACUGAGCUGGGUGUGUGGGGGGGGGAUCAGCGCCGGUGGACCGCCAAUCCUCUUAAAUGAGCAGCGAAGUGUGAGGCUUUAUAAGAAUAAAGAAUAAAACCUGCUGACUAACACUUUCUUAACGUCACGGGCCGGAGGUCAUGCAAAGACAACUGCCAGUAUGUUUAUAUAUUUAGAAAUACAGUAUAGGAUGUACCGUAUUUAUGUACUCACAAACCUCUCAACUCCAACUGAGGACCUGCAAUUCAUGAAUGUGACCUCAAUUUCCGGGGGAAACAACUACAAAACUACAGUAAACUAAAUAACUACUGCUUUUUCUUUGGCUUUUUGUGCCUUUUACACAAAAAAAAGGGGGCAACCUCAAUAAGAACAUAUUGUAAAAUGCUAAAAGUAGUCGCCAGGUGCUUGGUCCACAAAUGCAAAUAUCUGCCGGUAUGAGAGCCGGGUGCUGCUCCGUUGUGCAGUAUACUUGUUAAUAAAUGAUGAGCAACACAAGCUACGUUUUGUUCAUAAAUGAUGAUGAAAGAGAGCUGUUUUCCUUUCCACUUUCUCAUGCACUCCAUAUCAUUAUUCAUGUAAAAAAAAAAAAAAAAAUUAAAUAAUGACCUUUUACAUUUGGGAAAUACAGUAACAACCUCUCUCCAGUUAUCUCCAGUUUAUGAUGAUCAAAGAGGGAUAUGUUUUUCUCAUGCACUCCACAUUAUUGUUCAUAUAAGGGAAAAAAAGAAUGGUCAGCAUCCGGCAGCUUUAUGAAACACUAUCAAGCACUUAAUAAUGUCAGUUUCGUGUUGGUCCCUACCGCUACUACAACAGUGGUUGUGGUGCUUCUCCGCUGUGCAGUAUACUUGUUAAUAAAUGAUGAUCAAAGCCAGCUACGUUUUGUUCAUAAGUGAUGAUCAAAAAGGGCUAUGUUUUCCUUUCCACUUUCUCAUGCACGCCAAAUCAUUAUUCCUGUAAAAAAAAAAAUAAAAAAAAAGAAAACAAAACCUUAUUCUAUAGAAAGGACCUUUUACAUUUGGGAAAUAAUAGCCUCUCUGCAGUUAUCGCCUGUUUCCGCUGAACGCCCCGUCCUCUUUGCGCUUUGGCUAAAUAUAAUUAGAGCAAUCGUUGCAAAACAGGAACAAAUUGAAAGCUGACCAGCAUCCUGGAAUGGACGGUGCUCAACCUUAGAGGUUCUCCUGCCGUUCUAGAGGACAGUGUUAGGACUGAUACUAAGUCAAAUCACAUGCCUGUCCAGUAUUGCUUAGACCAGGGUGUCCAAAGUGUGGCCGGAGGGCCAUUUGCGGACGGCUGCUGUUUUUUCAUUGGCCCGCAGCACAUUCUAAAACUAUAAAUUAAAACGAAAAAAAAAUGCAAAAAUGAAAAAAAUCUGCAGUAAUUUUACAAGAAUAAAGUCAAAAUAUUAAGAGAAAAAAAUGGUCAUUUAACGAGAACAUUUUUUUUUAUUUUACGAGAAUAGCAUCUUAAUAUUAUGAGGAAAAAUAAUGUAACUUUAGUUUAGUUCAGUUUAUUAAGGAAAAAAGAGGUUAUUUUGUUAUUUUAUGAGAAACAAAAAAAACAACAAAUCAAAUUCAAAUUUUGAAAAAUUGCCUUGUGGAAAAAUCCAAAGUGUUAUGGGAAUCAAAUCAUGAAAAAUUUACAGGAAGAAAGUUGAAAUUGUUGGAAAAUAAAAAAAAAACACACACACACACAAACGGCAGCGGGGGGUUGGUGAAGGGAGCUGUAAUUUUCCUCGAAUAAAGUUAAAAUAUUAAGACAAAAAAAGUCGUAGAAAAAUGAAGAAGAAAAGAAAAGUUGUAAUGAGAAAAACAAAUUAAAGUUGUCAUUUUUGGAAAAUAAAAUUAGCACGGGGAAAAAGUUAUAUUAUGAGAAUAAAGUCAUAAUAUUACCAAAAGAAAAUGUACAAAGAUUAUUAAAGAAGAAAGUUCAAAUGGAAAAAAGACCAGGACAAUAGGCUUUUUCACCCGUAUGACAAAGCUGAGAUGCAAUUUUUUCUUGACAUGACUUCUUAGCACAUCUACAUUGCUUUACAAAGUAUCAAAGUGGCCCUUGCAUCCUUUCAUUUUCCAUCCUUCGCUGGAAAAAGUUUGGACAUCCCUGGCUUCAACCUUCCUAACGGCCCACAGAAACCCUGUAGAGAAGGCGUACGCCUUCUAGUUAUGUGCGCGCUCUAUUUAAUAAAGACUGCAUCAAAGGAUUCCGUCAAUAAUCUGUGUGGUUUUAGAGGCGGGAGGGCCACACUCUGUAAAAUGUGAGGUCGCACAUGUCAUCAGCUAAUUGCGGCGCGGGCCAAUUAGCGAGCCGUGUUCCCGCGUUGCGUGUGACAUUGAAAAAGCUUUCUUCCUUUGUACCUAAUGAGAUUAGCGACACAUUAAUCCACGGCUCACGUUAGAGCUGCGAGAUAAUCAAUUCAAAUAGGCUCAGUGCGUAGGCCUGAUUAAACAUGUGCCAUAUUGACACGCUCCUGUUAAAAGCCGAGCUUCCCUUUUAUGACUGUUCAAAGUUGCACAGUAUGUGACAGAAGAAGUCCGAAAUGUGUCAUUUGCGUUUGUCGAUAGUGAGCGCCUGCAUUCUACAUUGAUGUAGGUGUGAAAUAGCGGAUAUUUUUAAAAGACCCACUUUCCUCCCGCACAAACAUUUCCCGCCUCUGAUGACAAGCCCGUCUCUUUAUUUUUAGUCGGCUGAAUUUUUGAUAGCGUUUUCCCUCUUUGCUGCUGCAUCCUUCCCAGCCUGCCUCUUCUUCUGAUAAAAUAUAAGUCAUGUAAAAAAAAAAAAAGAAA